CCGGCCGACGGCUCCACACCGAAUCACACAGUGGCAGCAUGAAGGUGUUCGUGGCUCUGACCGUGGUGGCGCUCGCCGGCCCAGCGCUGUCGCAGGACAGCUUCCAGUGCCCGGACGAGCUGCCCGGCUUCUUCCCGCACGAUGUGAGCUGCGACAAGUACUGGAGCUGCUCGGAGGGCAUCGCCACGCUGCAGACCUGCGGCAACGGCCUCUCCUUCGACGACACCGAUCCCAACUACGAGCGCGAGAACUGCGACUACUCUCACAACGUCCAAUGUGGCACGCGCACCGUUGUCGAGGAGCCGAUCUCGGCGCCCAACUGCCCGCGCCUCUACGGCAUCUUCGCCGACGAGACCAGCUGCAACACCUUCUGGUCGUGCUGGGCUGGCGAGGCCAACCGCUACGAGUGCCCGCCGGGCCUGGCCUACGACCGCAGCCAGCGCGUCUGCGUCUGGUCUGACCAGGUCGCCGAGUGCAAGGCCGAAGAGCUCGCCGACGGCUUCAGCUGCCCGGCCGAGAGCAACGGCAUCGGCACUUACUCGCUGCACGCGCACCCGGAGGACUGCCGGCUCUACUACGUCUGCAUGAACAGCUCGCCGCGCGAGUACGGCUGCCCCAUCGGCACUGUGUUCAAGAUCGGCGACGCUGAGGGCUCGGGCCAGUGCUCCGACCCCGCCGACGUUCCCGGCUGUGAAGACUACUACGGCGACCUGGACCUGACGACGCUCAAGACCCUGAACGGCGGCGGCGGCGGCGCCCAGAGCCGCGCCAGCCAGGAGCCGGCUCCCAGCCAGCCGACUGUGGAGAUCGUUCGCCGCCGGCAGUAGGGCGGCUCGCUUUCGCCCCUCGGGCCGCGGGCGAGGAGUACUACGGUGACCUCGACCUGAAGGCCCUGCGGGCGCUUGGCCUGUGAGCUGCAGCCGCUGUUGACAAGAGACGGAGUGCGAGGAGUCGCGGUUGAUGAGACCACUUCUAGUCCCAGUGGAGCGGGAGACUCUGUUUUUGAGGGUCCUCUGUGAGACACUCUGUACCGCUCGGAGCCCACUGGGCAGCGAAAUCCCAUCCCAUCUUUGACCAGCAGGACGAGAAGCCAAGACCUGUCACACACUGUCAUGCCAGCGGGACUGGUGACAGACCAACCGUCACGAGUGUCCUUCAAGCUCCGGAACCAGGCAGUCUCGUCCGCCCCUCAUGUAUUUCACCGGAGCAAGUGCUAGUAUAUAAUGAUAUUCGUGAAGUCGUGCGAUUGUGGUGUAUUGCAUUGUUCUUUCCUCUGAAGAAUGAACAGCGUUUUAUUAAUAUGGUGUGCUUUGGAAUGGCCCGAAUACACCAUCGACUGUAAAUCGAUGCCUUUUGUUUCAAUACAAACGGAGAAUGAUA